AUGGACCAGUUCCACGACGGGCAGCACGUGCGGCUGCGGAACCGCCGGCGCGGCCGGUACGUCCGCGCCGCGGCCGACGGGGUGAGAGUCACCCUCAGCCAGCGCCGCGCGUCGCUGAACGUGGCGUGGACGGUGCACUUGUACCACAGCGCCGACGGCGACGGCCCGUACCUGCUCCUCCACAGCGCCGCCUACGGCCGCUACCUCGCCGCCACGGACAUGCCGCUGCCGGGCGGGCACGGCCGCUUCCGCGUCGAGCAGCGCAGGUACGACCAGCCGGAGCUGAGGCCCAUCAUGUGGCAGGCCAUCGGGGGCGCGGGCGGGGACGUCGUGCUCCGCAACGUCGGUGGCCUCCACCUCAGCGUCCGCGUCCGCGGCGUCCGCACCAUGUUCUACUGGACCGUGGAGCCCAUCCCAGCCAGAGAGGCCGCGCCUCGCCUUCCACCGCCGCUUUCGUUCGGGCAGGAGGAGCCGAGGGCGGAGCGGCGGAUCCGGGUGGUGCAGGCGACCGCCGAGGGGCUCUACGCCGACGAAGGCUGGUCCCAUUUCCAGUUCUUCGGGAGGUGCGUGAACCACCUGAGGAACGCUCUGGCCAGGCACCUCAACCUGCCGCGGAGCCCCGCCUUCGUCAUGUGCGUCCGAGCGGGCCGCCACGGGAGGCUCACCCCGCUCGUCGUCGACCUGCCCCACGGCGGCUCCGGCGAGACCCUCGAGGUCGUCGUCAUCCUGUCCGGGACCCCCGCCUAUGAUGCGCUGCGGCACCCGGAUAUCGACGCAGAGUAG